GGCUAUAGCAGGGUUUAGACUACCGCGGCUCUCCGCCGCUCGUUAAAAGCCCUGCUAUUCAUCUUCAAUUUGUAAUAGCAAAGCCGCUAUAAACGAGACUUUCCGACGAGAGAAAAUAGUAAAUAGAAAAUAGUAAUCUUCUUACCUUCAAAUGAUCUCCCAUGACUAAACAUGGCCAGCAGAAAUAUGUAUUCUUCUCUGAAUCACCACAUAUCCAAGAAAAACCUCUAUACACAGCUUCACACGAACGACUUUUAACUUUAACAUCGGGGCAUGGGCGUCCGUCUUUUUUAAGACGAAGGCGCUGUUCAUGAGUUAAUUUACCUCCUUGCAUAGAUAUGAGGGAAAAGACAGUUGAAACACCCCAUCGUACACCACCUGACGCUACUUGAUUCAUUUUGUAUCUGAAAAGGUCUCUACUCUCUUCCCAACGUUUAUCGAACUGACGAUUUGUAUGCGUGAUCGCGUGUGAGCUCUUGCUAUUCAUUCCAAGAAUUUAAUAGCAAGGCUGUCAGAUAUGCGUAUUUCACAAUAGCCCGUUGCGUCACACCAUAGCCACACUAUGGCGCAACUCCUAUUAGUUUCCUCCGUUUGCUAUUCAGAAGGGCCAAGUAAUAGCAUGGCCAUCGACGGCCACAGCGUGGAUCAGAAAGGUAUACACGCGGCAUUCUUUGAAUAGAUUAAGUCGGGCAAUCGCAAUAUCAAAAAGCACAGAGGGGUCAAAUAAAUCAUGGAAUGAAGGAACUGGAUAAGGAAAUCAAGAUCCAGAAAAGAUUUUACUCGUAUAAUUUAUGUUACAUUAAUUUGUCUAAUACAAAAGCAGAACAUUUCUUUGGAAAAAAAUUGCUAUUAAUGAAAUAGCAUAAAUAGCACUGUCCGCCGCCUCUGUCUCUGGCCUACUGUUUGGCUAAUUUCGAUGACCUAAUCUAUUAGGUGUAUCUGUCGAUUGCCUUUAUGUGUACAUUUCGUCUUUAAUGGGCAUUUGAAUCAGCACUUCUCAUGCUAAGAAGGAAUGGCGUUUCUCUUUAGCUUUUGUAAAUUUCUCUCGGGGCUCUAUGGGUGACCGUAGAGCUCAUGAGAACACAACAGAAGGUACAGUCGAGACACUGCAGGAAGACACUUUGAUGACAAGAUCACUCCAAGAGAUCAUGUUCAGCUAUCAUAAAAAUACUGGCUCUAACUUUGAUUUACUAACUGGAACUGUAACUGCUCAUAAGCGGAACCAUAUCUGUGACCAUCUUCUGAACCGAAGCGACGAAACGCGACUAUAGGUGGAUUAAGAGUGAUCUAAAAUAUGCGCGUGUUGCAAGCAGGAGUAGCUGUGUAGAAUCACGGUGUGGUUAGUAGUUGAUAACAUCUGUUCGCUGGAUUUGCUUUGUACACUGUUGGGAUUACUCUGUGAUAUGCAUGGCUUGUUAAUUUUUACGUUUAUAUGAUAGGGAAGGUCGCAAGUUUAUUUCGAUUUCUUGGUAAGAUCGACCCUUAUUUAUAUUGCAAACGCAUCAAUAUUCUGAGAUUCAGAUAUCACGGCCUUACGCUAUAAAGUUCUUUUUCGAGCAGGCAUUAAUAAUUAAUGUUGAUAUGAGAAUAUAUGCUUGAGAUUCAAGUUGCGAGUUUAGAAUCUCGUAGAAAUCCUGGAAUGGAGCAGCAAAUAUUACAAAGAAGAGGUAUUAAAGCAAGGCCAGGUUUACAAUUGAAGUGGCUCUUCCGUAACGUGAUCUUUUUAAGCGUUCUUAUUCGUUGCUUUUGUGCAGCUGGGUGUAAGGAAAUCUGCAGAUAAAAGGAGAUAACUUGUAUCCCUAAUCGUUAGACCAAACUAAUACAUGUCAUAGAGGCUUGUUUGUAUUUUCUAUGUGCAUUGUAAAGCUGAAUUAUUUGCUAUUAGACUUGAUAAUUUUGAUUGAUUGUAUAAGUGAGACAGAAGAAAGUUUGCACGUGCUGCCACGAUCUCUGGAAAGGCUGAUCAACACAAAAUAAAGAAUCUUGGUUUUUGCAAUGAGGUUAACUGUUGUGUUCAUUGUUAAACCUGUAACUGUUCUUAUUUGAUCCGAGGCUGCUGGAAAAGAAGAUUGGACACUUUUAGAUGCUUUUCAUAAAGAAAAGCAGACCUUUGAAAAGUUGACUAGAUAACGAAAUCAAAGGCAGCCCUAUUUAGCGUUUCAAAAACUAAUGAUGCAUGCGGUGUCCUGACGGAAAAAGCUGCUCACCCAGCAGGUGUUUCGGUGGAGAAUUGUGAAAUAUUGGCAACUUUUUUGUCUUAACUUCGUAACAUGUGCAGCCGGUCUGCUACUCACGAAAGUCCAAUUUGCACACUUCAAUAACUCAUCAAGUCAGAAAGCAAUAUUCUUUAUUACCUGCCAGUCGAAAUGAAAGGAGCAACGAAAACAUGCUUGUUUCUCGAGCAGUCGACUGCGAGUCUGUCACGUUCAGAGGCAGCCAAUUCCAUUGCUGUAUCGACCAUUAGCUGCAUUACGGCUAUACCAGCUACGAUUGGUAACUUUCUAGCGCUCUUUGUCUUAAUUCGCUAUCGAAGAUUGCGCAGUUUACCGAACAUACUGCUGAUGAGCCUUUGUCUGACAGACUUCCUCACCGGAAUCAUCGUACAACCACUAUUUGCUGUUCGUCGCUUACACGAGAUAAACACUCGUAGCAACAUUUGCUAUAUUCGCUUGAUUUACAUUUUCUUUGCCAACUUAUGCGCCGGUUGUUCCAUGCUUACCGUUGGUCUCGUAACAAUAGACCGUUUCGCUGCCAUUACGAUACCUUACAGAUACUUAUCUAUAACAUCUCAAGGUUUGUAUCUGUUCAUAAUUGGAGUUGUUUGGUGUACGUGGAUGGUUUUUGUAUUGUUGCCAUUCGUCGGAGUUCUUUCGAUGUCGCAAUAUUUCAGUGGAAUGACUACUAUAUUUGUUGUGACGUUAUUAACAGUGCUGGUAUCAUAUGCGUUUAUAUAUCGAGUUGUACUAAAGCAACGCCGUCAAAUUUCAGUAGUCCACACGGUAAAUAAAUCAGUGACACAGAAAGAUGAGCAACAGCUGCCGCAAUGUGAGUGCAAAGAACUUGCUCCGUACGAACUUUUCACUGCUACCCGAAACGGUGCCGUAUCAGAAAUCAACAUCAGGAAAGUCGAGUCUCCAGAAACUAUAAACAUAUGUCAAGAGAAUGAUCCUCCAAAGUUAUUGCAUAUUCAAUCUUUUGAUGAAACCAGACUUGGCCCGGCUCAUCCAACUAGAGUUGAUGGGGAGCAUGUUUUUGAGCAACUGCGAACACGAAGUCAAGGUAGCAGGUGCUCGCUGACGUUGAAUCAAGACAAAAAGAGAACCAUUUCGAAGCUUAGAAAGCUGAAGAAAGAACAUAAACAAAUGAACACUAUUGCAAUAAUCAUAGCAACGUUGUUGAUGUGCUAUCUACCCCAGAUAUCGCUGCUCGCGAUACGCGCGAUAUACGGAGAUAACAGGGUGUUUAUGCUGGUUGACGCUUGGACCGAUUUACUAGUCUAUCUUAACAGCAGCAUGAAUCCGCUCAUUUACUGUAUCCGGAACGGAGAAAUUCGCAAAGCGCUGCGCUGUUUGUUUACGCGGAAUCAUGUCACCUAGCAGUAUUGUCAUUGGCCACAGUCAUUUUGCCUCUCACUUCGUGACCCUUUCUUUUGAUUUUGUAUACUUUGCUUUUGUACUUGCCGUUUUUAUUAGUUUUUUAAUGAUACUUUCGAUUGGGUGUAAAUAAUUUAUGUAUCGACUCUGUCUAUUAUCUGUUCGAUGGUGUCCGUCUUUGUGUCUUGAUUUCUAAAAAAGGGCCUUUCACAAUACCCUCAUUUCACAUGACCAAAAUGCGUGAAAUAUUGAAAGUCGUUGUAUAACUUCAACGACUGGGUUGCCCAUUGGGGGACAAAAUUUCCCGAAAUGUAUUUUGUAAUGAAAACUGGCAUUUUUUACCGUUAAAUAUAUUCAAAGUCUGUGGAUCUUUGUACGUUGAUUUUUGGAUUAUGCUAAAAAACUUUAAAAGGGAACUGUGUUGGUUUUCUUUGAGGAAAAUAAAGGUUAUCCGCAUGUUGGAUUGUUUCACUUGGUUUGCUUUGUUGAAUUUCUAACUGAUGUAUCUAGUUUGCCGAAGAUUCCUACCAAAGAUUUUGCUGAUCAAGCCUCCCCUUGAAUGUUGAUCUUUCUUCUUUUCCAAAUCUUAGAUGUCCCUAAUAGAUGCUCGAUUAAUGUUUCUUUAAGUUCUUCAUACUCCCAGAGUCUGAUGACUGACAUGAGAUUUGUCAAAAUGUCCUAUAAUGACCGUGUAAAGCUGUUUUGAAAGGUAAGGCUUUGCUGAUGAAUCAUGAUUCGGCUCAUCAACCUAGCCCCUGCUGGUCUCGGCACUCCGCUUAUCUAGGCAUGGCUGAUCAACACUUGAAUGAUGAAGGCACAGAAAAUCUUAACCUGCUGAUUUAGGCUCAACUGAUCUAGGCUCAGCUAAACUAAGCUCUGUUAGUCUAAGCUCGGCUGAUCUGGGCUCGGUCGAUUUAGGGUAGGCUGAUCUAGGCUCUGCUUCUCUAGAUUCCACUGAUCGAUUAAGUCGAAACUAUGCAAAGCUGCAUUCGGUGAAGUUGAAUCAAUUCAAGGUUAGUUGGAUCAACCUGGGUUGGGUCAAACUGGAUUGGAUCAAGCUAGAUUGGCUCAAGCCGGAUUUUGUCAAGCUUGGUUUGGUCAAGCUAGAUUGGAUCAAGUUGGAUUAGGUCAAGCUGGGUUGGUCAAGCUGGGUUGGUCAAGCUGGGCUGGUCAAGCUGGGUCGGAUUAAAUUUGGUCAAACAUUAUUACUUUUCGCGCUGUAGUUUUCUAAUCAAGGUAAUGGAAAUACCGACUUAAAAGGAAUAUAUAAUUGCUUUGUCUCGACGCUUUUCACGCCUCUCGUUCUCUAAUUCUGUUUCUUGUUGUAAUUUUUUCUGAUGUUCUAGCAGUUUCCUUAAAGAAACUAUUUCAUUUUGUCAUCUUUCUGGAUUAAAACCUGUUUCAAAUUUUUUAAGGAACUGAACUCUUCAACUAUCAUCAAGGAAUUUCUAGACCGGGAUCUGAUCAUGCUUCGCUGAUAGUCUGUGUUUCUCCUUGAUCCAGAUAAGUCUUAUGUUUGUUUUCUAAGUUUGAUAACAUACAGCUUAUUUGUAACCUGUAAGAAAUAUUAGGUAAUAGUGUAACGUGUUUCCUAGAAGUUCUUUUAUUCAACCUUUAUGAAAUUCUGGUACAAAUCUGAUACCAGAAUGUUUAGUUUUUCCAUGAUUUCAGUGGUCUGCUACCACACAUUAGUGCUUUCAAAAUGUAGGUAGAUUUUUAGGCAGCCGUAUAUGUAUUCGUUGUGUCCAGACGGUUUACAGUCCUUUGUGAUUCUAUGAGCGUCUUUCUACUCGUUUGACAAAUCAGCGAAGUAUCUUUAUUUGUCGAUCCAUGUUUCUACGUUUUUGAUCUUCUUCUUGUUCGUCAAUUUGAGUAGCUGCUUGUGUGGUGUGGCUUGAAUUGGAAGGAGGAAUGCAAAUAUUGACUCGAUUGCAAUGUAAUUUUGUAGUAAAAAAAAGAAACAUAGCGUAUUUCAUUCAUGGCCGGUCGUUUCCGGAUAAAACCAGUGUUUUCAAUGCAAACUCGAUGUUUCUGCAUGUGUCGCUUUGGUUAAUUGGAAAGUAGACUGCACGGACUUGCUCGAAAUUCAUCGACGCUUCACCAAUCUGCUUCUGCUAUUACAGAAAUCCGAAAUUUAGGGAAGAAUCAAGCUAUGAGAGUGUGUGAAAGAGCUGCAGGAGUCAAUUGUGUAUUUGAGCUUGAGCUAAUAUGAUUUUUCCUUAAGUGACUUUUGGACAACAUCCCAGUGUGUAACGUCGAUUAUGUAUCGCAUUAUACGUUGUUGUCUUUCUAGUCUGCUCUUGAGUUUGCUUUCGCCAUCACUCAUGAAUUUCUAUCCAUAGAACUUCCACAUUAUUCAAAGUCGUCUGAAAAGAUACAUUUUCUCUAUUCCUUUAACCAACCUCUGAACGUACAUUCUUGAAGAAACUAAUUUUUCUUUGAUCAGAUUUUUCUUUUAGAGAAUGAUGAUGGAUUCCUGAACUAGUGAACCUGACUUUGCUAGAUCCACCAUAACAUAUCAGCUUUAUCGGUUUUUGUCAGUGUUUGCUAAUUCGCCUUUGGAACCAACAUCCUAUAACAUAGUGCUGCUUUUUUUAAACAAUCCACAAUUUGGGCUAAACAGUCUGCAUUUAGCUCUUUGGUCCCUCUUUGUCAACCUCCCUUCAUUAGAAUGGUAGCUACGCUAUGUUCGAAUUUUAUUGUCACAUAGAAAUCGGAGAACCGAGGAUGCGCUGAUGCACUCAACAAUUUUCAUUUUAUAUUACGUUGAUGACUUUGUCAAGUAAGUUGCUGUAUGUUGAUGAUCUUACACCUGGCAAUGUUUACUUUAUGUUGAUACAAGUUGAUUUUGGUUAACGCGGGUAGAAUGGAGGUUCGGAAUUUUUCAUUUCUGAAGUAACUACCAAAUAAUUAAUUUCUAAUUAGCUAAUACUUUCACGAUUGACUGUAUGAAAUGUAAAUUUUUUCAUUUCAUUACUGCAAUCAGUUACUUUGAGACUAGCUCAAGAUUGCGAGGUAUUUUUAUACUCGAAAAUAUCUUCAUAAGAUUAAAUGCCACCUCAUACUCAGGGAUGCGUAAUAAGGACUUCAUAAAAUUAAAUACCCUACAUUGGACUAGCGUAUUUCUGUAGGAGUUAUGCUGUGCCUGCGAGAAGUGUCCUUAGUGAGAGUGAUAGCUACUUGGCUAUAGCGGCAAUUAUAGCAAGGGGUUAUUCUAGAUACAUCGAAAAUAAAGAGAAAUCAUGGCUGCUUUGUGAUUUAAACAAAGCACGGGACAUUCCAAGACUCCAUUCCGCCACUGAGCUUCAAAACCUGUUAUGUUGUAUUAUAUAGUAUCAUUAUUUUUUUUGAAGCGACGAAAAAUAUGAAUUUCCAAUCCAGGAUUUUAAUGAUCCGGUCGUAGUGCAUAUUUUCAGUGAAAAACGCUGAUUAAAGGAUCAGCAUUAAGAUGUGAUCUGCUUUGUUUUAUGACGCAAAUGCGUCGAGAGAUAAAAUAGUCGUGAACUUUUCCUUGAUUAUUUGCCUAAUGCUUUUGUUGUUAAUCUUUUUAAAAGCAAAGCUUAGGAAGUAGGGAAACAAAGUUUAUAUCGGAAAAUAAUCUGAACAAUGUAGCGAUUUGCUACUUAGCUUCUUUCGCAAUUAUUAACAUAAUUCGAUUUUGUUUUAAGUUCUCUUCAACAAAAAAUCAGCUGGAAAUCUUAGUACUAAAAAUGAAAGUUGUUGAUAAGGUAUAUUAAUUUAAGUUAUAGAAGUUGAAAAAGGAGACAUAUCACUCUAAAAAGCCUGUUUUGUUUCUAUGUUUGUUUGUUUAAAGAGCGAUUUUAGCACGGUUGUUAGUUUAAAUAUCUUGUUCAC